AUGUCUUUCCUGGGUCUUUCUUCACGUUCUCCUCUCGCGCUCAAUAUCGGAGCUGCAUCCGGCGUCUUCCAGCUCGCGCUUGGACUCACUGGCGUCUUUCAACCUCGGGUGAUGCUCCAAGAGGUAUGGGGCUUCAAGCCCUCCACGAAACCUGGUGAAGAGCAGCUUCUCAUCGAGUCCUUGAUGCAACUUUAUGGCGUGAGGAACAUUGCACUUGGACUCAUGAUUCUAGCUGUCAGAACUCUCGCUGAUAGUCGGACGCUGGGCUGGGUUCUCAUGACCGACAUCCUUGUCGCAAUUGGCGACGGCUUUGUGCAGAAAAGAUGCACCGGUGGAGGCGAGUGGAAGCACUGGUCCUUUGUUCCUGUGGGAGUCGGCAUGGGUAUGCUUCUGCUGGGCUACUUUGAUUGA